AAAGGGGAAAUUCACAGCGAUUCGGCCAGUCGGAAAAGCUGAGGGGAUAUGAAACGACGCUUGCAGGGCAUUGAAACGUACACGUUUCUCACGUACGAGACUGCAAAAAGGAGCUUUAUCCUGCUUCCGGGAAUCCUUAAGGAUGGGAUUACGUUCACCGUAACGACGACUAUUUUACCGCGCUUUAAAAACGGCGUUCACGACUCGUAUCAGUUUUCCUGUAUGUUGCAUUAUUUCAUGCGCUUGACGUUUUUUAUACACACCCUGUUACGGAGACCAGCACUCUUCGAUAUUAGUCGAUGAUACUACACGUUUGCAGCUACAGUAUCGCUGUAAACCUUGCUGUGUGCACAGUUGGUCUUAAAGUAGCCAUUAAAGGGAGCACGCACGGGUAAAAUGACUAUGUCAGUCCCGGAGAAGAUCUCGGGGUCGGAAGGUAAAGAGGAAGAGAGUGAAGAUGAGAGCGAAAUCCUGGAGGAAAGCCCCUGCGGCCGCUGGCAGAAGAGACGGGAGCAGGUCAGUCAGGGCAACGUCCCAGGAAUUGAGAGUGCAUACUUGGCCAUGGACACUGAGGAGGGGGUGGAGGUUGUGUGGAAUGAAGUGGAGUUUUCAGACAAGAAGGUUUUCAAGUCCUUUGAGGAAAGGAUAAGGGAGAUGUUUGAGAACCUGAUGCAGGUGGAGCAUCCAAACAUAGUGAAGUUUCACAAGUACUGGCUGGAUAUGAGAGAGAACCGAGCAAGGGUGAUUUUUAUCACAGAAUACAUGUCAUCUGGAAGUCUUAAACAGUUUUUGAAGAAGACCAAGAAAAACCACAAAACUAUGAAUGUGAAGGCAUGGAAGCGUUGGUGCACACAAAUCCUCUCUGCCCUUAGUUACUUACAUUCAUGUGACCCCCCCAUCAUCCACGGUAACCUAACCUGUGACACCAUCUUUAUCCAGCACAAUGGCCUCAUAAAGAUCGGCUCAGUUUGGCACAGGCUGUUUGUAAAUGUAUUUGCUGAGGCUAUUCAUGGGAAUGUACACCAGCAUCGAGAUGAAAUGCGAAAUCAGCACUUUUUUGCUCCAGAAUACAGCCUUGCCGAAGAUGACUACGCCAUUGACAUAUUUUCAUUUGGCAUCUGUGCCUUGGAGAUGGCAGUGUUGGAAAUUCAGGCCAAUGGAGACGCUGCUGUUUCAAAAGAGGCCAUAGAUUAUGCUGGACAGUUACUUGAGGACUCUCUCAUGAGGGAAUUCAUCCAGUCGUGUGUACGCACAGAAGCCAAGACGAGACCCACGGCUCAUGACCUGCUGUUCCAUAGAGUGUUGUUCGAGGUCCACUCCUUAAAACUGCUUGCUGCGCACUGCUUUAUCAACAACCAGUAUCUCCUUCCUGAGAACUGUGUUGAAGAGAAGACCAAGUCCUAUGAUCCUAAUGGCAUCAUGGCGGAGAUUAAUCACCGUGAACGACCUGGAGUUCAUCUGAAGUAUUCUCAUGUUUCUCCCCUUGAGCUGGACAAAUUCCUUGAGGAUGUGAAGAAUGGCAUAUACCCCCUGAUGAACUUUGCUUCCCAGCGACCACAUCCUAUACCCCGGGCUCUUUCAAUGUCCCAGGAACAAAUGGAGACAGUGAAGACGCCAUCCCCAGAGCCACAAGAAACUGAAACCAGGAAGGUUGUCCAGAUUCAGUGUAAUUUAGAAGCAAAUGAGGAAGGCACAAGGAGUCAUCUCUCUCUCUAUUUAAAGAUGGAUGACAGGCUUCACCGUCAGCUUAGCUGUGAUGUUCUGCCAUCUGAUACUCCCAAAGACUUGGCUAGUGAAUUAGUUCAUCAUGCUUUUAUUAGUGAGAAAGACUGUGAGAAGUUGGCAUGUUUUCUUGAGGAUGCAUUAUGUAAGCACUGGUCAGGCACGUCUUCCUCUCCUACUGCCUUGGCCGUGAUGUUCUAAAGACCAGCUGGUCGGAACUGAAGUCCUGUAACAGACGGACAGAGCCUUCAGAAUGGGCUUGAGCUUGAAAGAGAGCGAGACAGAUCCAAACUGACAAGAGAAUUUGGGAGAAAAACUCCAACAUUACACAAUUUCAUGACAAGAUGGCUUCCGUGUAAGUGAUUGGCAUGGGAGAAGUUCACACCAAACUACACCGUACAUUCACAAUCGAGAAAGAUCUUUGAAGCUUUGAUGUGGAAUGUUACAUUUUGUCUGAUGAAACACUCGGGAGGGACAUUUUUAUGUUUUAUUCUUUGAAAAUGAGUUGAAUGGAUUUUUUAUCAUAGCCAGUCAUGCUGCCUAUGACCUCGUCCGCCCUCCUCCACCCAUCCUCCAUUUGCCAGGAAUAAAUACAAAACUUUCGGAUGAGUUUUGGGAACCUGAGAGAGGAGGCUUGAAGUCCACGAAACAAUGGCUUCCCUUCAGGCAACAUAACUGGAUCAUGUGUCUGUGUGUCCUAGACCUUAAUGUAUUAUUUAUUAUUUUAAACUAUUAAUACCUGGUCUUUAUAUAGUCACAUGUUCAUUACUCUAAGCAAGGUAAAUAUAGAGAAAUUUAAUAAAAAAAUUAAUUCUACAUUUCUUUGUUAGUCUAUAUGUUUUAAAGAGCUGAUAUUGAGCAAAUGAAUGUAUGAUACUUUGACAAAAGUGCUCUUUGCCUCCGUCAUACUAAUGUUUCUGUCUCCAAACCCCCUGUUGUAGACGAUUAUAUUUCGCUCUUUAUCAGGGGUGAUUCUUGGAGAAAAGGCCUUUAUGGUAAAUUAAUGUGUUCAGAGUUGCUCUUAUGUUGCUUUUGUUUUUAAACUCGUAAUGCGAGUUGUUUGCUGUUUUAAGCAAUAAAGCAGAAGAGCACUUCAUAUUGAGUUAUCGGACCAAGAAAGAGGUUUCAAAUUGAAAGAGAAUGCUUUUCAACCAAAGCAUCAAAUAUGAAACUCAAGCAAUUCAUCAUAAGAGCAUCUUGAGCAGCUGAAUAAUGCUUCCUAUUACUAACAGAAGUUCACACUACGGCUUCUGUCCAUCCAAUGUCUAAAUGCAGCUGUGUUGACAUGGGAUAUCCCUUUUACAUUAAUGUGAGUGCUUAUACUUGAUCAGCUGACUGCUCAGAGAUGUUUAACAUAAUAUAUGUGCUCCUUUUACUUUUUUCAUGUGUUUUUAAUGUGAGAUAUUGUUUUACAAAUACAAGCCUCACACCCCUUACAUGAAAUAAUGCGUACAGACAAAUCUAAGAUAAUCUGACCCGUGAUGGAAUUAAAAGAUUAAACAACUGCACUUGAAUAAAUGCUUUAAGGGGAGGAAGGCCUGUUCUUUCUUGCAAUCUGCAUGUUACCACAAUGUGUGUACUUUAUUUCACUAAUGUUAUGCAACCGAUUAAUGUCAAAGGCCAAAUAUGUAUCUGGGUUCAAUGAUGGCUACGAAGAUGUUGCUUCCCUUAAAUUAACUGAAACUACAUUGUAACUAUGAUAUCAUGUAUUUGAUUGAAAAUUGCAUAUUUUAAUUCUUUUUCAAACUGUAAAAAAGCCUGGUUUGCAGUGCUGGCCAAAGCAAAAGUAUCUUGGGGAUGCUUUCAGUACUGUACUUUGCCAGUGGCUCUGACCCGAUAUCUCUCCAACAGAAACGCAUGCAUGUCAAAAAUAAUGCGUUUACAGAAUUUCUCAUGUUUGUUAUAUUGGCAUGUUUUCUUAUGGUGGAUGUGUUGCAGCUUCUGGAAACUUUUAAUCUCCACUUGUUCUAGCUAUUUCAAAUGUCAUGAAAACCGCCACCAUCCUCUCAGUGUUAUAGUGAGACACUUUUAUGUAAAUGCAAGGAAGAUAUGUGAAUGCGCAGUGAAUAACUCUUUAAAAAUGUAUUCAUAUUAAUUCCUGGUGUCCUUCUCAUCUAAAUCAGGACUUUUGCUUUGGGCAGUUUCCUUUUUAUUUGUGUUGACAUUGUAAACUGUGACAAUAAAUACUAUAUCGUUUAAACAUCCAAUAAAUACUUUAAUAUGC